GGUUGUUGAACCUGACACUAAGUGCGCGGAAGGUUAGUCAAUCAUGGGUGUUCCGGCUUUUUUCAGAUGGCUGAGUAUGAAAUAUCCAUCAAUUGUUACCCAUUGUGCAGAGAAACGUGGAGCUAUUUUGGAUGACGAUGGCAAUAGAUCACCUAUAGAUACGUCGGAGCCGAAUCCAAAUGGAGAAGAGUUCGACAAUCUAUAUUUAGAUAUGAACGGUAUUAUCCAUCCAUGUACGCAUCCAGAAAACAAACCAGCUCCAAAAACGGAGUCGGAAAUGUUCCUAGCUAUUUUCGAAUACAUAGAUAGACUGUUUGCCAUUGUUCGCCCUAGAAGAGUACUGUAUAUGGCCAUCGAUGGAGUGGCUCCACGUGCUAAAAUGAAUCAACAACGCUCCAGACGUUUUCGAGCGGCUCAAGAGGCAAAAGAAAAACAAAUAACUAUUGAGCGUUUAAGAAAUGAACUAAUUGCAAGAGGGGCGCAUCUUCCACCACCUAAGGAAGAACAUUUUGAUUCUAAUUGUAUUACUCCAGGAACACCAUUUAUGGCACGUUUGGCUGUUGCUUUAAGGGGUUAUAUAUAUACUCGUUUGACAAAAGAUCCAGGAUGGAAGAAUCUGAUGGUAUUCUUGAGUGACGCAAAUGUUCCUGGUGAGGGUGAACAUAAAAUCAUGGAUUUUAUCAGAAGACAGAGAAAUAAUCCAACCCAUGACGCCAAUACGAAACAUUGUUUAUGUGGCGCCGACGCUGACCUUAUAAUGCUUGGAUUAGCCACACAUGAACCAUAUUUUACUAUUAUUCGUGAGGAAUUUAAACCAAACCAACCAAAACCUUGUGAUUUGUGCGGCCAGAUGGGUCAUGAGAUGGAGGACUGCGUAGGUGCUCCAAAAGAAGAAGAUCCAAACGAAGGCCCUCCUCCACUACCUUCAGGAGAUGUGGAUUUCAUCUUUAUUCGCUUGAAUGUUCUAAGACAAUAUCUCGCAGAAGAUCUAAAGUUGGCCGGCAUUACAUUUGAUUGGGAUCUCGAACGAGUCAUUGACGAUUGGGUUUUUAUGUGCUUCUUCGUUGGAAAUGACUUCCUCCCUCAUCUUCCGAGUUUGGAAAUCCGCGAAGGAGCAAUUGAUCGUUUGAUUGAAAUCUAUAAGUCAACAGUCCAGAAAACGGGAGGGUGGUUGACUGAUAGUGGACGAGUCAAUUUAGAGCGUGUCCAACUCAUUAUGGUUGAUUUGGGAAAGAUGGAGGAUGAGAUCUUCAAAAAUCGUCGUGAAUCAGAACUUCAGUUUCGUAAUAGAAAGCGUCAACAUUCAUCUGGCAAUGGUUAUGAUAAAAAUCAACGCGGGUUCGCUCCACAGCGAUUGGGUCACCGCCCAUCAUAUGAAGUGUCUCAAUCUGGUUUUAUGGAACCAAUCCCCCUAAGAGGACGUCACGGAAUAGCACAUCCCAAAGGUCACUAUACAAACCAAGUUGUUUCUGCUAAUGAGUUAUUAGCUGCACGACGUUAUCAGGGUAGAUGUCAAGAAAGUGUUAAUUGGGUGGAUAGAAAUCUAAAUAACCUCGAGGCAGCAACAGCAUUGAAAGCUAUGCUGAAACGCGAUAAACCUAUUGAAAACGGAAUCUCAAAUAAUAUGAAUAAUUCUACUAUUCUUCCGAAAAUACCUCGGAUUACUGAUAACAACACAAGUCUACAAUGUGUUUCAUCUGGUCGCAACAACAGAUCAGGUAAUCAUCACAACGAUGAGGAUGAGAUGAUGGAUGCUGCAGAUGAAGUACGGUUUUGGGAAGAUGGAUGGAGAUCACGGUAUUAUCGAUCUAAAUUUGGAGUUGAUCCGACAGAUGCACCUGGGUUCUGUAUCAAAGUUGGUCAGGAAUAUGCCCUUGGUUUAUGCUGGGUCUUAGCCUAUUAUUACCAAGGUUGUGCUUCAUGGGAUUGGUAUUUCCCGUAUCAUUAUGCUCCAUUUGCUAGUGACUUCUCCAACAUCGCAGAACUCGAUGUUGACUUUUCGAAAAAAGAAACAAAACCGUUUAGACCACUGGAGCAACUAAUGAGCGUGUUCCCGGCCGACUCUCGUAGUCACGUCCCUCCAGCGUGGCAGGACUUAAUGACUGACCCCGACUCCCCUAUAAUCGAUUUUUACCCAACAGACUUCAAAGUAGACUUGAAUGGCAAACGAUAUCUGUGGAUGGGUGUAGCUUUGUUACCAUUUGUUGAUGAGGUUCGUUUGCUGAAAGCUUUGGAUGCCCGAAGAAAUCUUUUAACAAAAGAAGAGAUUGAGAGAAAUGUUCGUGGUUCAGACCAGUUGUUUUGUAGAGCUGAUCAUUCUGCUGGUCCAUUGUUGCAUUCUCUAUACAAAGUAUCACAUGAAAAGAUUGAGAAAGAUGAUUCGGAAGAACAAAUCAUACCAACUUGGGCAUCUGCGAUUGAUCCACGUGUUACGUUUGGAAUUAGUGGUCUAAUCUGGCCUAACAAAAUGGCUUACUUACCUGGUAGUCGUGUACCUAGUGCAGUCCCAGGUCACGUUCCUGAUUUAAAGGUUUCUGAAGCUGUAUCAAUAUAUUUUUCAGAUCCUCAAUAUCCAAAGGGCUUCGUCUUUCCUUCCAAGUUACUUGAAUCCGUAAGUUUCCAUAUAUUGUUAUGUUGGAUAUUUCCGACAAGCUUCUAUUCAUUUAGAUCGAUUGUCGUCCCCAUGUGACACAAAUUUAUAUAGUAAACUGUUUUAUGUCCUGUUUUUCCCCAUUUUUUUUUCUCCGUAUGCAUCGCAGGUGUAGAAUAGGCGAAAAACAUUUGAGCAACUUAUCCAGGUCAGAUGUUCAUGAAUUAAAAAAUACUUUUUUAGUGUACAUUAUGAAGUGGAAUUCUGUUAAUCUUAUUCCAUAGUGUUUUUACGGAAGUCAGUAGAGGCAAAGCCAUCGCUUUUAAAAAGACUCAUUUUUAAAACAUUCGUAAAUCGAAUAAACGAUUGGGCUAUCGGGUAGCGACUGUAGAUAGUUGUAAGUAGAGGUAGCCAGAAACAUGAAGCAAUCAUCAAGUAUUGUCUUAGUGACUACUUUGAAAAUUGAUUUUCAAAAUAAGACUAAAGUCGAAAAUAUGGAUCACUUAGUCCCAAUCCAUUGUACUAAUUGUAACACACAAUUCGAGGUUUGAUGAUCCAUGAUACAGAUAUUUUUACGGUUUCGAGAGAUCAUACACAAUAUGUAUAGUUCACAAUUUAGCGCAUGAAUUUGGACACAUAAAGUAUUAUAUUGACAAUAUAAUACUUUACACAUUUACGUUUGUACAAGUUGAUACAUCUCGCAACAGCUCAGUCAAUAGAAAUAGAAAUUUAUCAAUAUAAAUAAGAUGCUAUGAUUCGGAAAGGUAAAACAAUCGGCUGAAAACACUUAGGAGAAAAAACGUAAAAAGCAAAUGGGUUUACUUAAUUAAGUUUAGUUUCAAUCCAUGUCAUCUAAGUCUCCGAAUACUCUGGUACGACCAGGAGUGGGGAGAGUUCGCUCUCCCCCUCGAAAUGCUCUCACAUGGCCACGUGCAUACAACCACUACAGAGGAAGUUCUUCUCACUGUCUUCUCAUAGUGGAGAUGUUGUUUAUGAAGAGCGAAUGUCCGGCGCUUUAACCGGGUUGGUGGAUAUGGAAAAUCCGCCUAGUCGAGUUGGAAAACCCUGAUUCAAAUCGAUGGUGCACAUGGGCUUCAGAAUCCUGACGGAGCAAAUGGCAUAUGAACCAACCGUUGGUCACCGGCUACCAUGGGACUGCAUCUCCUAAAGAUGCUCCACUGCCUUGUAGAUUAGACCUUUAGAUCAAAGGUUCGGACUAUGGCCCCCUAAGAAAACCACUUACCCUGUACGGGCACCCGGGCAAUAUCCCAGCCCUCACACAACUUGAACGAUUUAUGUGGUGCAUAUCUAUUUGGUGCCUCCUUGCACCAAUGUUUGUGUUUAAAUAAAGUAAAUGUCAUUUAAGAUCUCCAAUUACAGGCUUUCGCAUUUCUGAGGGUCUCGGUGUUUGGCGGGAUUGCAGUUUUCAAGCCUUGGAAUUCCUAUGAAUCAUAAAAGUAUUUUAGUAAUCAAGUAAUUAACUCGUUUGUUUUCCGAUCAUCAAAAGUAGGUUUCUAACCUUUUAUGACAAAUAUUUGUAAAGAUUAACAAUUGAAAAUAGUGUACGGUAACUUUUUCUAGAUGUUAUAAUCUAGUUUAAUUUAAAUACUGAUUUGGUUCCGAACUUGUACGUGACUUACAAGACUCAUCGUAUUCUCAGUUUGACUUUUUAAAAUAUAAUUUACCAAACUUGUGAUGAAUAAAUGGAGUUUUUUCUGUUUUUUGAAGGUUAAAAUGCCACCCCCAGUUUACCUUCAACCUCCUCAGCGUGGCAGAGGAAGAGGACGAGCAAGUUUUCGCACCGAUGAACAUCGUGGACGUUUUAAUGCCAAUGCAGCUAUCCAGUACUAUGCUCGAGACAGUUCGUCAGAUAGGGAGGAUACUGGUAGAGAUUUUUAUCCAAACUCACCGAUGAACAGGAUGGUUAUGAAUUCAUUACCACGAUAUCAGCGCAGUCGAGGUAGCCACUUACAGUAUUCAUCUAGAUCAGAUUGUGGCAAACUAAGUAACAACAUUCCACCAAAUUGGCGACCUGGGUCUUUUAAUCGUUUUCCUCCUCAAAAUGAUGCUUAUCAUCGAGGUGGACCUGCCUAUCGUCAAUCUAGUAGUCAUCCGUACGCUAACCCAUAUUCUGUCCAUCCUCCAAACUUCAGUACAGGUCUUUCCAAUUCAGUCGUUAAGAACAGCCGCCCACCAUGGUUGCCUCCAAAUGGUAGAGGUUGAUAAAAAUAUCAAAGCUUCUACUACUUUUUUUCAUAUUCAUACUACUUUCUUCCUGCAUUUUUAUAUUUUAUUAUUAUAACACAAUAUUAGUUGUAUAUGAUGUAGAAAUUAUUUUGCGCCUGUACAACAUAAGUAAUAAAUAUUUACUCCUUUCUCUACCCCUUCUAUUUACAUUAACAUGUAUAUUAGUAACUGUAUUCUGGCACAAUUAAACAGAAAACUUUGAUAUGGCAAUUUGUAUAGUGAAUAUCACUGAUCAUUUGUCAAUUUCUAUUUAACAGCUGAGUAGUGACACUGAAUUGUGAAAGCCUAAUAUAAUUUUUUCAAAAUUUCAGCUGUUAAUAUAAACAAUUGAUAUUCUGUUCC